UCACUUUGUUGCAUCUCAGGCUCCAAGGGGAAAAUGAAGUUUUUGCUGCUUAGUAUAUUCAUGUUUUUACAUAUUCCCUUAGCCUGGACAAGAGAUAAGCAUUAUUACAUCGGAAUUACGGAAAAAGUUUGGAAUUAUUUCUCUGGCAAUGGAAAAAGGAAACUUACUUCGGUUGACACGGAACAGUCCAAUUUCUAUCUUCAGAAUGGCCCAGAUCGUAUUGGAAGAACAUAUAAGAAGGCCCUUUACGUUCAAUACACAGAUGCCACCUUUCAGAAGACUAUAGACAAACCAGUAUGGCUAGGAUUUUUAGGCCCUAUCAUCAAAGCUGAAGUUGGAGAUAAAGUUUAUGUUCACUUAAAAAAUUUUGCCUCUAGGCCGUACACUUUUCAUUCUCAUGGGGUAACUUACUAUAAGGAACAUGAGGGAGCUGUCUAUCCUGACAACACCACUGAUUAUCAAAAAGCUGAUGACAAAGUGUUUCCCGGGGAACAAUAUUUGUAUGUGCUGUAUGCCAAUGAGCAAAGUCCUGGUGAUGAAGACAGCAAUUGUGUAACCAGGAUUUACCACUCCCAUGUUGAUGCUCCAAAAGAUAUUGCAUCAGGACUCAUAGGACCUUUAAUACUCUGUAAAAAAGAUUCUCUAGAUAAGAAAAAAGAGAAAAAUAUUGACCAAGAAUUUGUAGUAAUGUUCUCUGUGGUGGAUGAAAAUCUCAGCUGGUAUCUAGAAGAUAACAUCAAAACAUUCUGCUCUGAACCAGAGAAAGUUGAUACAGACAAUGAAGACUUCCAGGAAAGCAACAGAAUGUACUCUAUGAAUGGAUAUACAUUUGGAAGCCUUCCAGGGCUCUCCAUGUGUGCAGAAGACAGAGUGAAGUGGUAUCUUUUUGGCAUGGGUAAUGAAAUUGAUGUGCACGCAGCUUUCUUUCAUGGCCAAGCACUGACCAGCAAGAACUAUCGUAUUGACACAAUUAACCUGUUCCCUGCCACCCUAACUGAUGCUUUGAUGGUGGCCCAGAAUCCUGGAGAAUGGAUGCUCAGUUGCCAGAACCUAAACCAUCUGAAAGCUGGUUUGCAGGCCUUUUUCCAGGUUCACAAAUGUAAUAAGCCCUCACUAGAGGAUGAUAUCCAGCAGAGGCAUGUGAGACACUACUACAUUGCUGCUGAGGAGAUCAUCUGGGACUAUGCUCCUUCUGGAAUGGACAUGUUCACUGGAAACAACUUAACAGCUCUGGAAAGUGAUUCGAGGAUAUUUUUUGAACAAGGUGCUACAAGAAUCGGUGGCACCUAUAAAAAACUGGUUUAUCGUGAGUACACAGAUGACUCCUUCACUAACCAAAAACAAAGAGGCCCUGAUGAGGAACAUCUUGGAAUCCUGGGUCCUGUCAUUUGGGCAGAAGUAGGAGACAUCAUUAAAGUUACCUUUCAUAACAAAGGACCAUAUCCUCUCAGCAUUCAGCCAACAGGGGUGAGAUUCACUGUGGAAAAUGAGGGAACGUACUAUGACCCACCUACCCAGUCGUGGAAGGGAGGUAUGCCUCAUCCUCGAGCAGCCUCCCAUGUGGCACCCAAAGAAACAUUUAUGUAUGAAUGGACUGUUCCCAAAGAAGUGGGACCCACUUAUGCAGAUCCUGUGUGCCUCUCUAGGAUGUAUUAUUCUGGAGUAGACCCCACCAAAGAUAUAUUCACUGGGCUUAUUGGGCCAAUGAAAAUAUGCAAGAAAGGCAGCUUACUUGCAAAUGGGAAACAGAAAGAUAUAGACAAGGAGUUCUACUUGUUUCCCACGGUGUUUGAUGAGAACCAGAGUUUACUGUUGGAUGAAAAUAUCAAGAGGUUCACAACGGCACCUGAUAAUGUGGAUAAGGAAGAUGAAGACUUUCAGGAGUCAAAUAAGAUGCACUCCAUGAAUGGAUUCAUGUAUGGCAAUCAGCCAGGCCUCAAUAUGUGUCUAGGCGAUUCCAUUGUGUGGUAUUUGUUCAGUGCUGGAAGUGAGGCUGAUGUACAUGGGAUAUACUUUUCAGGAAACACUUAUCUGUCCAAAGGAGAAAGAAGAGACACUGCAAACCUAUUCCCUCAUACAAGUCUCACCCUUCUCAUGAAGCCUGACACAGAAGGGACUUUUGAUGUAGAGUGCCUUACAACAGAUCACUACGUAGGUGGCAUGAAGCAAAAAUACACUGUGAACCAGUGCAAGCAGCAGGCUGAGGAUCACACUGUCUACCUGGGGGAAAGGACCUACUAUGUUGCAGCAGUGGAGGUGGAAUGGGACUAUUCACCAAGCAGGGUCUGGGAACAGGAGCUGCAUCAUUUGCAAGAGCAAAAUGUUUCAAAUGUAUUUUUGGAUAAGGAAGAGUUUUACAUAGGCUCAAAGUACAAGAAAGUUGUGUAUCGGCAAUUUACUGACAGAACAUUCAGAGAACAGGUGAAGAGAGAAGCUGAAGAUGAGCACUUGGGCAUCCUCGGUCCAAAAAUCCAUGCAGAUGUUGGAGACACAGUUAAAAUUGUCUUUAAAAACAUGGCAUCCAGGCCGUAUUCAAUACAUGCUCAUGGCGUGAAAACAAAGAGUUCUACAGUUCUUCCAACAUUGCCAGGUGAAAUUCACACUCAUAUAUGGCAAAUCCCGGAAAGAUCAGGUGCUGGACCAGAGGAUACAGCUUGUAUUCCGUGGGCUUAUUACUCAACCGUUGAUCGAGUUAAGGACCUUUAUAGUGGACUAAUAGGCCCACUGAUUGUUUGUCGGAAAUCUUAUGUCAAAGUACUCAAUCCAAUAAAAAAAAUGGAGUUUUCCCUUUUGUUUCUAGUAUUUGAUGAGAAUGAAUCUUGGUACUUAGAUGACAACAUCAAAAUAUACUCUGAUCACCCAGAGAAAGUAAACAAAGACAAUGCAGAAUUCAUAGAAAGCAAUAAAAUGCAUGCUAUUAACGGAAAAAUGUUUGGAAAUCUACAAGGCCUCACAAUGCACGUAGGAGAUGAAGUCAACUGGUAUGUGAUGGGAAUGGGCAAUGAAAUAGACUUGCACAGUGUACACUUUCAUGGCCACAGCUUCCAAUACAAGCACAGGGGAAUGUACAGUUCUGAUGUCUUUGACCUUUUCCCCGGAACCUACCAAACCCUAGAAAUGUUUCCUGAAACACCUGGAACCUGGUUACUCCACUGCCAUGUGACUGACCAUGUUCAUGCUGGGAUGGAAACUACCUACACUGUUUUACCAAAGCAAGCAUCAUCUCAGAGUUACAGGAUAACCUGGAAUGUCCUCUAUACAAUCUUAAUCAGCAUGAUUAUUUUAUUCCAAAUAUCAACCAAGGAAUGGAUAGGAAAAUAAGGUUUGUAUAUUUUUUU